AUGCGUCAUGUGAUGAUUGUCAUCGACUGUUCUCGCUUUAUGACUAGCAAAGCAAUGCCUCCAUCAAGAUUUGUUGUUGUGAUGAAGGCGCUCCAAUCAUUCCUCGAGCGAUUCUUUGAGCAAAACCCGAUUGCUCAAAUCGGAUUAAUCACUUGUAAAGAUCGUAAAGCAGAAAGAAUGACAAUGAUGACUGGUAACAUUCGUGUAUUAAAAGAAUCGUUAAACUCAUUGACUGAAGCGUUUUGUGGUGGUGAUUUUUCGCUCCAAAAUGCGCUGCAACUUGCUUGUGCUAACUUGAAAGGAAUGCCGGGACAUGUUUCACGAGAAGUGGUCAUCGUCAUGGCAGCAUUGUCAUCAAUUGACCCUGGAAAUAUUUUUAGCACUAUUGAGUCAAUGAAACGCAUGAAUAUUCGAUGUUCAGCUAUUGGUCUUUCUGCAGAAAUGUUCAUUUGUAAAGAAAUGGCCAAGGCAACGAAAGGGGAAUAUUCGGUUGCACUCGAUCCGGAUCAUCUUCAAUUAUUGUUCUCAAAGCAUACACUCCCACCAUCAUCUGCUAAAUCCAGCGAAUGUAACGCAAUUCAUGUUGGAUUCCCACACCAUGAACUUAUUAAAACCCGGUCUUUUUGUGUAUGUCACCCCGAUUCAAAACCAGUCUCCUCGCGUGGAUUCAUUUGUACGCAAUGUGGAGCACGCCAUUGUUCCAUCCCAGCAGAAUGCCCAGUUUGUAAACUGACUCUUGUAGCUGCUCCACAACUGGCUCGAGCCUUCAGACAUCUUCAACCACUUGCUGCAUUUCAACAAAUUGACGUGGCAAGAGGGCAAUGCUACGCGUGUGAAACUCGAUUAGCCUCAGAAGGAUUCAGAUGUGAGAAGUGUCGCUCAGUAUUCUGUCUAGACUGUGACACUCUUCUUCACGAAUCUUUACACGUAUGCCCAGGAUCUGUGUACAAUCCACCCGUCUCAAAACUGAAGAAGAAUUAUGACCAGGAGUUCGAUCGAUUUUUGAGGUCCGCGAAAACAAUUAUGGACCACCUAGACAGCUCCGAAAAAAUAAUAUUAUCCCCUAUGCGGAAACAAUUAAGACGGUUUCACAAAGAAUCAAACAGUUUCGACGUUUAUUUCAAAUCACAAUCAUACUGGAAAUUUUUCUAUAAAGGACUUAUUGAUCAUUGUGAUGAUAUGAUGGAUUGCUUUCGAUUUGAUGAUCUUCGAGAUGUUGAUUCAGUAGUUGAUAGUCAUGAUUUGCCCGAUGAGCUCAUUUCGUUUGUCACACAACAAUUGAUGGAGUGGAGAGAUUUAUUCAAGGAUGUUGAGUGGUUGAAGACUUUCCGCGAACUGACCAGAAAAGUAGAAAUCCUCCAGCAGCGACGCCAAGAAGAGGCUGAGAGAUUAUCACUUCUUAAAAGUAUUCGGCAUGAAUUCGACGCUUCCAAUCUCGAUGUGCAAAACUUCACAAAAUUUAGUCAAGCUCCAUCGAAUAUUUCCAAUUCCAUAAUAAAUGCUAUCGAAGAAUCCGAAAAAACACAAAAACCGUCUGAUGGGUUGAAAAACGUACCAAUGUUAUCAAAAAGGUUGAGUGUUAAGAGAUGGUAUAGAGAACAUUACGACCCUUCAUCUCAUGGAGUAUCAGAUAACGAAUCUGAUGACGACAACUCUUCAGAUGACGAAAAUUCUUCACUCUCUGUAGACUCAGCCAAUUCGAAUAUCGAGAAAUCUGAAGAUUUUUCCAGUGACGAAGCGGAUAAUGAUAAUGACUUCCAAGCAUUUUUCAACGAAAACACUUGA